AUGCCUUUAAAGCGGAAAGUAACCCAUCGCAAAAUAAAUUCUCUGGAAUUAAAGAAGCGUGAAAAGCAUCAGGCUUUUCUGAAAGAUUUUGACCUUGAAGUUGAUCGGCGGAAAAGAGAAAUGGAGAAAGCAUUGAACAGUCUACUCAUUCAAAUAGAUGCCAAUUACAGUCGUGCAAUUAUGAAACUCCCACUGGCUGUUAGACAAAUGAAUAACUUGGAUUACUUUGCUUUGGGUGGAAGUGCAGAUGCUGUGGCUGAAAUUGAACAAAAACGUAUUAAUGCUGACUGUUUGGAAGUGGAAGCUAUAGAGUCUGAGAUUUUGAAAGAUGCUACACAGCUGAAGACUACUAGAAAAUGUAAACAGAAAACAAAGCAUGUCGAUGACGCAGCAAAUGAUGGUGAAGAUCUUCCUCCAUCAAGUAAAAUGUUCCGAAAGAAACGUAUUAAUGCUGACUGUUUGGAAGUGGAAGCUAUAGAGUCUGAGAUUUUGAAAGAUGCUACACAGCUGAAGACUACUAGAAAAUGUAAACAGAAAACAAAGCAUGUCGAUGACGCAGCAAAUGAUGGUGAAGAUCUUCCUCCAUCAAGUAAAAUGUUCCGAAAGGACAAGUCGGAUCAAAGGGCAGAGCUCUGCAAAUACUUCUGA